GCGCGAACUGAAUUGUGAGGGAACGACGACUGUCAACAAGCCAAGGCGGACCUACAGCCGCAGAAUGGCGCUUCAAUCCAAAAGGAAGCGAAUAAGUCACUCUAAUUCACAAUCCAAACCUUCUACUAGCCAAGCGGACCCUUUUGCUGAUGGUGAUGGCGCCCGUGAGAAAUUUGUGGAAGGGUCUAUACGUCGAAUAAAAAUGAAAAACUUUCUCACAUAUGACCUGGCAGAGGUUUACCCAGGGCCCAAUCUCAACAUGAUUGUUGGAGCUAAUGGAACAGGCAAGUCCAGCAUCGUUUGUGCCAUCUGCUUGGGGCUGGCCGGCAAGACUGCCAUCCUGGGCCGUGGAGACAAGGUUGGCCUGUAUGUGAAGAGAGGCUGCUCUAAAGGCAUGGUGGAGAUUGAACUGUACAGGACGGCUGGUAAUCUAAUCAUUCAGAGGGAGAUGAAUGUGGACAGUAACCAGUCUGUGUGGCAACUUAACGGUCGCCCUGCCAACAACAAGCAGGUGGAGGAGGAGGUGAGGGCUCUACGCAUCCAGGUGGGCAACCUGUGCCAGUUCCUGCCCCAGGAAAAAGUGGGAGAGUUUGCUAAGAUGACUAAGAUCGAGCUGCUUGAGGCUACGGAGAAGUCCGUGGGGCCCCCAGAGAUGUACAACUUCCACUGUGAGCUGAAGAGCUUCCGGAACAAGGAGAGGGACCUGGAGAACGUGUGUAAGGAGAAGGCCAGCUUCCUGAAGAAGGCCAUCCAGAGGAACGAGCGGAACAAGCAUGACGUGGAGCGCUACCAGAAGAAGAAGAGACACCUGGAGCUCAUCCAGCUGCUGGAGAAGAAGAGGCCCUGGGUGGAGUAUGAGACGGCGCGUAAGGAGCUGGAGCAGGUGAAGAAGGAGAGGGACGAGGUGAGGAAGGGCCUGAAGGAGCUGAAGGAGCAGCGGGCGCCCAUGCUCAGAAAGAUCCAGAACAUCGACAACCGCCUACAGCCCAUCCACGACCAGAUCAAAGAGAUGACUGCAGGCAUCAGGGAGGCAACUCAGAAAUGCAAGCAGAAACAGGACCAGCUGGAGAAUAAGAACAAACAGAUAGAAGAUAUUAAGCAGUCUGUGAGUCUGAAAGAGGCAGAGGAGGCCGAUCGGCAGAAGCGCAUGGCGAACACACGCCACCUCAUCGCAGACCUGCAGGCCCAGCUGCAGCGCUGCGGUGACCAUGACGACCUGGGGCCACGCCUGGACGAGCUGCACGGCCAGCUGAGAGCCAAUCAGGAGGAGCGAGGACGCGUGGAGGUGGAGCGCUCGGACCUCCGCAGACAGAGGGACAGAGAUACUGCUGAACUAAAACUACUGGAGAAGCGUAUGCGCUGUCUUGAAGACAUGCUAAAUCGGAAGGAGGAGAAGCUUCGCAGUCGCUUCUCUGAUACCCAUAAGGCUUUGCUGUGGCUGCGGCAGAACAAACAACUCUUCAACGGCAACGCGUACGAGCCGAUGAUGCUGGAGAUCCGAGUCCGUGAUGCUCGUCACUCUAAGUACAUCGAGAGUCACAUUCCUGUGAACGACCUGCGAGCCUUCGUCUUCCAGAAGCAAGAGGACAUGGAGAGAUUCAUGGUUGAGGUGCGUGAUUCUCAGAACCUGCGUGUGAAUGCAGUCAUCGCUCCUCAGGACUCUCACGCCUCCAAACCCCCUAGCAGACCUCUGGAGGCCCUCAGUCGGUUUGGAUUCUUCUCUUACCUGAGGGAGUUGUUUGAUGCCCCGGAAGAGAUCAUGAGCUACUUGUGUUAUCAGUAUCGUGUCAAUGAGGUUCCCGUCGGCACAGAACAGACCAAGAACAUGAUUGAAACGGUGAUCAGGGACUCCCAGCUGAGGAUGAUCUACACGGCGGACGAGAAGUACACGGUGAAGAAGUCGUCGUACUCCAGCAAGACCAUCUCCAGUAACUCCGCCCUCAGGCCACCCCAGUUCCUCACCGUCACCAUCGAUGCUGAGGAGAGACGGAAGCUGGAGGAGCAGCUCAGGACAGUAGAGGGGCGGGUGAAGGACAGUGAUGCCCAGAUAGCUGCGCUGCAGGAACGGCAGACCAAGCUGGAUCACCGUGACAACGAGCUGAGGGCGCAGAAGAAGGAGCUGUCCGAUCUCAAGGGGAAGAGGAGGCAGCUGGAGCAGAAGAUUAGCACCAAACAGGACAGUCUGAAGCAGAUGGAGCAGAGUGCUGUGGACCUGCAGAAGAUUGAGCAGGACAGCCAGCAGAAGAUCGUUACUGUGCACACACACAAGGUGACCAUCGCAGUGGAGUUUGUGCAGCACAUGAAGCGGCGGGCCACCUUGAGCAGGGAGAAGGUGUGUUUGUCUCUGGAGACGGUGGCUCUAACUGCGGAGAAAAACAAGCUGGAGUCGGACUGCAGAGACGGAUCAACAGAUCUCAGAGCCCUAGAGCAAAAAUGUGCAGAUCUGGACCGCAGGAAGGCGUCUCUGUUGAGUACGUGUAAGAGUCUGAUGCAGCGCGCCAGUGAGAUCUGCAACAUGAGCCCGGGAGAGGUGGCCGUACCCCCAGAGUUACACGACGUGUUCAGCAUGCUGCCCAACACCCUGGAGGACAUUGAGGCCAUGCUGAAUGAGGAGCGAACCCGAGCUGAACUCUUCACUGGCAUCAGUGAGACGGUUGUGGAAGAGUACAAUCGGAGGGAACAGGAGAUAAAGAACCUGGAGAAGGAACUGGAGGACAAGAAGAAUGCUCUGGACACCUACAGACAGAACAUAUCGGAGGUUAAGGAGAGGUGGUUGAACCCUCUCAGGCAGCUGGUUGAGCAGAUCAAUGUCAAGUUCAGUGAGUUCUUCAGAUCCAUGCAGUGUGCCGGAGAGGUGGACCUGCACUCCGAGAACGAGGAGGAGUAUGAUAAGUACGGGAUCCGUAUCCGGGUGAAGUUCCGGAACAGCACCCAGCUGCACGAGCUGACGCCCCACCACCAGAGCGGAGGGGAGCGGAGCGUCUCGACCAUGCUGUACCUGAUGGCCCUCCAGGAGCUCAACCUGUGUCCCUUUAGAGUGGUGGACGAGAUCAACCAGGGCAUGGACCCAGUGAACGAGAGGAGGGUGUUUGACAUCGUGGUCAGGACCGCCUGCAAAGGGACCACCUCUCAGUACUUCUUCAUUACGCCAAAGCUCCUCCAGAACCUGCAGUACGCUGAUGAGAUGAUGGUUCUGUGUGUUCAUAAUGGAACCCACAUGCUGCCCCCCAGUGAGUGGAGCAGCCAGGCCUUCAUGCGCCGACGCGCCCGCCAGCGACCCAGUCACCAUGGAAACUGACCCAGUCACCUUGGAAACUGACCCCUUAGCCCGGGACUAGAGACUUCCGGUCAAACCACCAAACACGACCUUGAGGCUCUGUACUGCUGUAACUGGUUCCGGCUCUGUUCUGCUCUAACUGGGUCCGGCUCUGUUCUGCUGUAACUGGGUCCGGCUCUGUUCUGCUGUAACUGGUUCCGGAUCUGUUCUGCUCUAACUGGGUCCGGCUCUGUUCUGCUGUACCUGGGUCCGGCUCUGUUCUGCUGGACCUGGGUCCGGUUCUGAUCUGAAACAUUACUCUGCUAGAGGAGAAGUGCCUUAAUGUGCCUGCAACAUUCCAUGUUCUUCUGUUUGUGUAUCUGUCUGCAUGUGUGUGAGCCUUUAGCUACAGCAGUUCAGACCCUGCUCAGGCCUUUAGACUGUGCUCAGGCCUUUAGACCAGCA